CUUUUCCAGCAGAAACCCGGAAGUGACGAUUAGAGAAAAACUUGUGGGUCCCUUGGAGAAAGGGAUGAGCGUGUUUGUUUGUUUCUUGUCUUGUUGUUUAUCGCUGUAAACAUGGCAGCCAAACGUAAAGUAGACGUGACGGUCCCCGCCGAGGAGAGCGACCAGCUGCUGAUCCGCCCGCUAGGAGCCGGACAGGAAGUGGGUCGAUCCUGCAUCAUCCUGGAGUUCAAGGGGAGGAAGAUCAUGCUGGACUGUGGGAUCCAUCCUGGUCUGGAGGGGAUGGAUGCGCUGCCCUACAUCGACCUGAUCGAUCCAGCUGAGAUCGACCUGCUGCUCAUCAGCCACUUCCACCUGGACCACUGUGGAGCUCUGCCCUGGUUCCUGCAGAAGACCAGCUUCAAGGGCCGGACCUUCAUGACGCACGCCUCCAAGGCCAUCUACCGCUGGCUGCUGUCGGACUACGUUAAAGUCAGCAACAUCUCAGCCGACGACAUGCUGUACACGGAGACGGACCUGGAGGACAGCAUGGAGAAGAUCGAGACCAUCAACUUCCACGAGGUCAAGGAGGUGGCGGGCAUCAAGUUCUGGUGCUACCACGCCGGGCACGUCCUCGGAGCCGCCAUGUUCAUGAUCGAGAUCGCCGGCGUCAAACUGCUGUACACCGGAGACUUCUCCCGGCAGGAGGACCGGCACCUGAUGGCAGCAGAGAUCCCCAGCGUCAAACCGGACAUCCUCAUCACGGAGUCCACCUACGGGACGCACAUCCACGAGAAGCGGGAGGAGCGGGAGGCUCGGUUCUGCAACACGGUGCACGACAUCGUGAACAGGGAGGGCCGCUGUCUGAUCCCCGUGUUCGCGUUGGGCCGAGCUCAGGAGCUGCUGCUCAUCCUGGACGAGUACUGGCAGAACCACCCGGAGCUCCACGACAUUCCCAUCUACUACGCCUCGUCUCUGGCCAGGAAGUGCAUGGCGGUCUACCAGACCUACAUCAACGCCAUGAACGACAAGAUCCGCAAGGCCAUCAACGUCAACAACCCGUUCGUCUUCAAGCACAUCAGCAACCUGAAGAGCAUGGAUCACUUCGACGACAUCGGGCCCAGCGUGGUGAUGGCGUCCCCCGGGAUGAUGCAGAGCGGCCUGUCCAGAGAACUGUUCGAGAGCUGGUGCACGGACCGGAGGAACGGCGUCAUCAUCGCCGGAUACUGCGUGGAGGGAACGCUGGCUAAGCACAUCAUGACGGAACCGGAGGAGAUCGUCACCAUGUCGGGUCAGAAGCUGCCCCUGAAGAUGUCCGUGGACUACAUCUCCUUCUCCGCUCACACCGACUACCAGCAGACCAGCGAGUUCAUCCGAGCGCUCAAGCCUCCUCACGUGAUUCUGGUGCACGGCGAGCAGAACGAGAUGGCCCGGCUGAAGGCGGCUCUGAUCCGCGAGUACGAAGACAACGACGAGGUCCACAUCGAGGUGCACAACCCGAGGAACACGGAGGCCGUCACGCUCAACUUCAGAGGAGAGAAGCUGGCCAAGGUGAUGGGCUCACUCGCAGACAAGAAGUGCUCUCAGGAUCAGCGGGUCUCCGGGAUCCUCGUCAAGAGGAACUUCAACUACCACAUCCUGACACCGUCGGACCUGUCGA